UAUAAUGCAUGCCGCGGCCGGCCGCCGCACACUCGCUGCGAGUCCCACGCGGCCGCCUCGCCUUCCGCUUUGGUCCGUAUAUAGAUAGCGCGCCGCCAUUGAUGCACUCUGCCUGAGUGCAGCUUUCUGACCGUGUCGCUCUCUGGUGCCCGCCCGUGAAGGCACGACGUGACUCCCCCAUUCUGCUGGCUGGGACCUACACGCCCACUGCGUCACGAAGUGGAUACCUGUAAUUUAUUCCGCUCUCUCACCGUCUCGUACUGGACGAACCUUCUCGCAGAAAUAAACAUCUUGAGUUUUUACAAUUCUCUCAUUGUCGUUUUUGUUCCUCAGAAGACAAAAGAUAUCCGUCGAAAUUUGUUGUGCAAUAUACUGCUUUGUAGCCACAGAAACGUGUGAUCGAACCUGGUAAGCACAUCAACACCUGAUCUCUAUCUAUACCGUCACUGUGGCUCGUAAAGCUACUGGGAUAAACAUCAGAAAUAUUUCCUCCAACUCGCUUACUUUGGUGAAAAUGGUCUCUUCCGUGUGUGUUACUACACCGACGUAUUCGAAGAAGCUGAUCGCAGAACCCAUCUCAUGGUGAACAUACUACACACAGCAGACUUGGGAAGAGGUCCGCACCGAGACCGAUACCGCUUAUUAUUCUGCUCGUUGGAAGAGGAAGGCUGUAUCCACCCGCUAACAGCUUUUAGACAGCUAAAGACAGAAGCAUCUGGCGACAAUGUGCACACCACUUUGCGGAGACAGUGAGGAUGCUGAAGCGCCAUCUGGGAUGGUGAAACAAGUGAAGGGUGGCUACCUGCUGCGAUACAAGAAGAGACUAUUCGGCAAAGCAUGGCGGGAGGAGUGGGUGGUGCUGUACGACGACUCGACGCUGGCGUGGUUCAAGGAGAAGGGCCGCGGGCAGCCCGAGGGCAGCGUCAGGGUGAAGGACGCGCCGGAGAUGAUGGCCGUGAGCCAGUGGACGGCGCGCAUCCCCGGCCGGCCCGACCUGCCCUCCGGCUGCCACGUGGUGCAGCUCAUGGCGUUCGGCACGCGGCGCCGCGACAAGGUCCACUGGCUGCUCGCCCAGUCCGAGCAGGAGGUCAACGACUGGAUGACAGCGAUCAGCAACACUCUGCCGCCGCCGCCGCAGCCGCCGGAUGAGAAGUGCACCUCGACGCCGAAGCUGAUGGACCCGAUGGCGCCGCGGCUGCCGCACGGCCCGUACUACUCAAUGCCGGGCGAGGUGCCGCCUCCAUACGCGCACCAGCAGCACUCGGCACUGCUGUCGUCACCCCUGGCGACCGUGGGCGGCGUCGGCGUCGUCGGCGGCGGAGUCGGCGUCGGCGUCGGUGGCGGUGUGGGCGCGGGCGCCUUCACCGCCCCGGUGCCGGUGGGCGCGGCCAACGGCUACCUGCCGGCGCCGGCCCCGGCCGGCAACACGACCAUCGUGGUGCGCGACCGCGACCACUACGUGGGCGGCAACGGCGGCGCCGACUUCGCGACGGGGCUGAUGAUGGGCGCGGCGCUCACCAACUGGGGCCACGGCUGGGGCUGGCACCACGCCGCCAGCGACGUGCACGUGCACAACCACUACGACGUCAACAACACCGUCAUCAACAACGAGCACCACUCGGCCACGUACGUGCACGAGGACUACGCCGACCUUGGGUUCGACGACGGCGACUACGGGAUGGACUGCGGCGGCGACUUCGGCUUCUAAGCGCCGCCGCGCGCCCCUUACCGGGGAGGAAACGACGCCCCGCUCUGUGUCUGCAGUUCGGUAGACGCCUAGUAUUUUGUACUGCAGGGAAUGAUACGAAACUUUUAACGGCUAAUUGUAUAUUUUGCACCUAAUACUACUUUAAGUAGUAAGUCUAUGUCUAUUAUUGUAUAAAUAAGGAGAAGAAAAAUCGAAAACGUGUAAGUCAUGUACACCAAGAGACUAUAACUUUGCGUAGAUCGCUCACCCACUACAGAGCGCCUCAGAACAGCGAAGUCGCUGCCCGUCAACUAGAAAGUGUAGAAACUGAGUCAACAGUGCCGUCGGAUAGAGCCUUGUUCCCCGCCCCAUUACAGUGUGGAAUUGAGUAGCUCGCUAUCUUUUCUCAGACCUUUGGUUACACAGUAGGUCUAGCUGAUUCUUGGCAGUAAGUUUUGCACCUAGAAGACUCCAUGAAAUAUUCGACAACGUUCUAUGUAGCACAGUUAACGCCAUGAGCUGUAUUAUUGGUUUCAUUUAUAUGCAUAUAUGCAACUGGUUCUGUAUUACGAUUUUCAUGCCCCUGUGUGAGCCCAGGUAAUCAAAGGAAAUAUCGCCACUCCCCCCCCCCCCCCCCCCCGUUUUUUUUUUUUUUUUUUUUUUUUUUUAAGAAGGCCCGGAAACCAUAGGCAUCCUCAAAACUCCACAACCUAUUUGUCAUGUGUGGAGUUUUGCUGACGCCGAUAGUGUCUGGGUCUUCCACAAAAAAUAUGGAAAUGACUUCCCUUUGUAAACCUAAUUACCCAGACCAAUAGAGGGGCAUGAAACUAUUGUGACACGGAAAUCAGAUUUCUGUAAAUUACUCCAGUGGAUGCAGUUAAUGGUGUUAACGUUACUACAUAUAAAUGUAACAGCCGUCUAGAGCCCACUAGAAGAGGGACGUACGGAAAUUCAAGAUUCAGGGUAUAUUUGUUUUACGAUCGUUAGACCUUGGUCCAAUGCAUAUUUCCGUGCCCAAUCAUUCGUUUAAUAACGCUGGAGACAUCCGUAUUUUCUCAAUUAGGCAAGCUAUAGAUACCUAACUGUUUAUACGUCACAGCGCAAAAGUCGGGUCGUGACGUCGUUAUACUGCCGAUUAUGAUUGCAGAGGGACGCCCACGUGCUAUUUGGUGCUUGUACUGCGGAAUAGCUGGUUCUGUUUCCUUUAAUUAGCCUUAAGGCUCGCAUCUUAUUUCUAUUAAAGUUGCUUUCCUGCUUUUGGAUUUCUAUUGUAUCCCUGUACAUCCUAACACAGUAAUGAUUGGAUGAUGAUGAAACUAUAGUAUCCAAAAAAAAAAAACAUUUGGUGCUAUUGCAACUGAUCAUUUAUGCAUGUUGCUCAUGUGACAAUCAGUCCUCUGUUCUCUAAGCAGGAACUUAAUGCUUCCUUUACUGUUUGCAAUAUACACUUACCGUAGCUGCAAGAAAUUCUGUGUACAUCUGCUUUGGUGCGGGAUCGUGCCUUACACGACGGCCUGAUGCUUAUGUUAAAGAAAACCACCAAGGAUGAAAAUAAAGGCUAUGAAAGUCUCCAUCAUACAACCGAAAUGUCUACGGCCGGAACUGGAAUAUCAAGUUCUUUAAAUAAGCUGCUGUCAAUGUUGAUGUUAGCAGAGAAAAUGUUUCAAACGAAGUAAGUUAUCCUUGAUGUCUAAGCUCUUGAUAUUUUCCAACUUUCACAUGCAAAAGUGUAAGUAGUAUGUUCUAAUUUUUUCAAAGAACACCCCGAGCCCUUCGGAUGGAAAACAAUCGUCACUUUGGUCCUAAGAGCGAGUAAGAUUUCAUUGAGUCUUUCUAACAGCUAUAGGUUUCCGGAACAAAGACUAGAAAAAACUUCAGAUGCAGGGAACAACAUUUUUGAAUCACUAAUGCCUCAAGACGUCGAAAUAAGCGUACAAAAUUCCUCUGAUCGGGAUCAGAUACGAGAUUUUUAUGAAGCAGCCUAAGACUCAUUAUUUCUGAGUGAUUCCCCGCCAAACAUAUUCGGACAAAUUCUAUCUUCGGUGACACGGCAGUUCAUUUAAGAUGACGGUCCGCCGGAAAAGCUCGUUCUAGCAGGUCGGGAACGGCUAGAGUUAACGCCAUACAGUAAUCCUAGCCUCACACUGAAAUCACUCGUAGACACUACUCGGAAUAUUUCCCAGUAUUUUCAAUCCGUUUUGAUCGUAUUUUUGCUGUAGUUGUGACAUAUACAUUUAACCCACCACUUUAAAUUUAAUGACUUACUUCAAUCUAUGAUACUUGGUCACCUCGCGAGCCAUCAUCCCCCAACGCUACAUACAUUCUGCACUCGGUGUUGUAUAACUUCGAACGAAGCAGGCACUGCAUUCUACAUUCUGAACACUCGUCUUAUUCCACAAAGCAGUAGCGCUCUCUCAUCCUCUUUCAAAAUCUUAAGCUGUUAAUUUCAAAAAUAAAAGAAACAAUAACAUUCUGGAGACAGUAUCACUUCUUUUGCUGACCAAGCAACAGUCGUUGUCUGUGGAUACUGCUCAUCUCUUCUCUUUCACGACUGUAAUGGUGACAUACAGCGUUUAAGAGCAAUAUCAGAGCUGGCAGCAGGACGUAAUGUUUUCAGUUUGUUUCUGUACAGAUACUCUCGGUCCAGUAACCGUACUAGAAACCGUUUGCCUAGUCCAAAGGGUCCUUCAGGUUUAUGAAAGCAGAAUAACUAGAUGCCAGUUAAGUCGACAGCUACUCUUAUUUCCUUAUUUCUCUAAAACUACAUCUGUCAUUGUAAAUCUACUCGUCUUCUGCACUAGAAACUGAUUCUACGCACAGUUUUAAUAUGCUACGAAAUUCCAAAUCGGAGCACAGUCGGCUGCAAAAUAAAAAUUCAUUCUGUAAAAGUCUGUUAAUUGCUUGAGAAAUUUAACUGAUUCAUAUUCCUAUUUCAUGGACUAAUAAGCCUUGGAGUGUCAUGGUUCCCUAUUUAAUCUCACUUUGCUGGACUUCAGAAGAAUAUGGUAAAAACCGUACAGCAUAUCGGGUUACAGUUAAUCGGUUCUGUUGGCCGUUAAGAUACUUUGUGGUUGACAGCAGUGAUUACAAAUUCUGUGAGGCACCUGUAUAAACUAUUUCCUUGUUUGUUUCGUAUUAAAGCACGUCAAAACCUUUAAUAACUAUUUAAUUCCAUUGUCGCGGGUACUUAUUUCUGUAGACAGAAAUGCAGAAUAGGAAAAUAGCUCUUUAUGUUUCAUUUAGUCCUCUCACCGCGUAUAUAAGAGCUUGUUCGAUGUUUCUUAGAUUUUUGUGAGCCAUGUAGCCGAGAGUUUGCUUAGAAAUGAGACUUGCCACUCAAAGUCCUUUGAAAUUUCAAAGGAUUUGUUCUUUGACCUGUAUACAACAAAACCCUCCGCCCAGCGCGUAAAAACGUUCGUACCAAACUGCAUUUUCAGAAGCUCUAGUGUUUGUAUGCGGUCGCGAAUCUGCGAAAGUAGUCAUUCGCUGUAGCGACACGGGUAUGCAUGUUGUAGUAGGUGUAAAUGUUGUCUGAGUAAGUCUGUGCAUGUAUAAAUAUAUGUACAUAUGUAUAUCUUACAUGUAUUUAUGUGUAUACACAUAUUCGGUGUUGUGCAUCUCAACGUCACAAUUAGACACUCAGGAAUUAAACUGUUGACAUGUGCGCCUAAUCAAAUGUUUUGGUUUGUCCGCCAAUGUUGUAUAUAAGACGAACUGAUUAUUUGGUUACAAAUGUAGCUGAAAAUAUUUGAAAAGAGGUGCGUCGUUUCCUCCCUGAGAAACUAACACUUAUCCUUAACUGAACUAAAGAGAGAUGUCUCAAAACUUUGCGGUGUGAAGAGUGCACUAUGGAUAAAAUCAGAAAACUUCAUAUUUACCUCCUCAGUGAGCAAGUCUUGCAGUUCUUCGACUGGUGGCAGAUCAAACGGUGGUGCAAGUGACUGACUCUUCUUCAAUCUGAAAUGGGGUCAUCGGAGUAUCCAGUGUUGGUGACCGCGGCUGUACUACGUGUCGGCAGAUGGACACUUAUCUUUCCUGGCAUCACAGCAGAAUACAAGAGCUGCAUUCUCACCUUACACCACAGCGUCGCCAGACAAUCCGGUGCCAGGUCCUUUCAAGGUGUGAAGGCCGAACGGGGACAGUGGCUGACCCAGGGAGCCGCUCCGAAGGCAGUGGGGUGGCACUCUGGAGCAGACCGCACGCCCCAACGACGCUGACGCCCGCCGUCCCGACGCCGACGCCGAGCAGCUCUCCUCCCACCCUCCUUCCCCGCCUCUCUCCCUCAAGCAGACGCUGGCAUCACCUGGUGCUCGUGUGGCAGGAAAUUCGACUCCCAGUUCCUCGGACACUUCCGAAGAACGCAGCCUCCGACAGGCCGGCAAUUCGAUGUAAAUUUUUAAUUAGCACAUAAACUGACGAUGACCAAUGACUUUUUGUACAGAACUUUUUUAAUACAAAUCUGUAGAACUGAUAUUAAGAGACGUAUUUCUACAGGUGAGAUUGUUCGUAUUUUUUAUUUCAUUUUUAACGCAAGAGGAAUAUUUCUAGUUUUUGACAAAACCACUAGUUAAUACCAGAAUGUCCUCAUAUGUUUGAAAAUUUGUGUAGCUUCUAACUGUAGCUCUUGUAUACCAGUGAGCCUUAUGUUUUUAUACUGUUGUAAAAAUAUUUAAAAAGAGAAUCACCGCUUAAGACAUGCGAUAAAACAUUAAACGCUUACAAAUACAUGAAGAAACGUUCACCAAAAAUUUUGUAUACACCAAAGCGAUUAGUUUUAGAGCAUUCACUUCUUCUUUGGUGCAGAUCUCCUUAAUUUCUGCAAAUGAUAUUUGGAGGACACUUCAGCGCCUCACUUACAGCGCCACUGAGUCCGAGACGAGACAGUGUGUCGCUUUUGUAACAACAUUUGUGACCUUUGUAAUUAAAGGGAAAACUUUGUCGUAAUACAGUUCUCAGAGAGCUCCCAAUGUACGUGUGUGUUUAAGUGUGUGUUUGUGUGUGUGUGAGAGAGAGAGAGAAAGAGAGAGAGAGAGAGAGAGAGAGAGAGAAUGCGAUUCUUUUCGAUCGCACAAUAGCUUGAAUGUCAUGGGAAGUUAUAUGUACAUUUGCGAAGGCCUGGCGAGUUCUCAAAUCGAACUCUUCAGGUCUCCCGCAAAUGGUUCAGCUUAACGCUGCACGACUUUGUAAGAGAAAAUAAUUUUUAGCGUUUUAGCUGCCAAUUUGGUGGUGACGCCACUCUCGGCGAACAGGGUAAGCGUCACCCGCUGCAAUGAACGCAACGGUCAGAUCUCGCUGCCAGGCCGAAUGUGUAGCGCUUACGGAGCAAUUUGGCGGCAGCAGUGUGACACGACUGUUCACUGUCACUACUUUACUGCGUGAGAAGCGUGUGUACUUGUGUGUGUGUGUGUGUGUGUGUGUGUGUGUGUGUAUGUGUGUGUCAAGAUGACUAGAUCAAGGAAGAACGCGUGUAGCAUCUGUUUCAUGCGUGAAAAUUUUACCCCUUAUAAUAUGUGUGAAAGUUAUAUUAUUGAUUUUAUUUUUACCAUUGUGGUUCCCGGAGGGAUUCCGAAACCAGUACUUCUGAAAGGACAAAUCUGUACAGUUAGUUGUUCACGCAUGUAUGGUUGAACAGAAAAGUUAGCGUAAAAUGCUUGCAAAUUCAUAUGAGAUCACCAACAGAAUAUGAAUGUCAAAGUGGAAAAUGUUACUGCUGUAGCUAGGUGCUAGUUGUCGAAAGUAAAUAUUCAUUGUUGUUGUGUAGAUGUGUUUAGAGUAUUUUUGACAAAGAGAAGUCGUUUUAAUGUUCUAGAUGCAUAACCUAUACAACAUAUAUCUAUUAUAUAUAUAUAUAUAUAUAUAUGUGUGUGUGUGUGUGUGAAUGUGUAUAACCGUGUGCAAGGGUGCACGUAUAUGUAUCAAUAUGGAUUUAGGUCUCAUAUAUCUGAGGGCAGGUCCCACAUAUAUUUAAUAGUUACGAAUUGUAAUACGUGAUUGUUGUACUAGAUGUUUUAAAUGUGUAUAGAAGACCCACGAUAGUUUGGUCUUAACUGUUUCCUAUGGACUGCGUGAUACUUUUCACUUCAUCCAAGUAUUUUCCUUUUGUAAUUUUAAAUUUAAAAAGAAAACAGAGAAAAAUCUUUUUGCAAAAGGAGACAAUCGGACAGUAUGUGUAAUUAAACAGAAAAAAAUCCUAAUAUUUCUUAACUGUGCCACGAGCCGCUGAAGCCGUCGAGUUCCUUUUGUGUGUUGGGGAAUGGGAAUAAUACCACAUGUAUGAUGGGGUGGAUUCGUAAGCGAGAGGUUUAUUUGGUUUGUUCUUCUUUGAAACCCUAGUUGGUUUGAGGAACUACCUUAAAACUGAGACGGUAAUGCACUACUUCUGAUAGUUUCAUAAGUUUCCUAGUACCACCAGUUCUGUCUACCAAAGCCUCUAGACUUUGCUAAAAAAGAGAUAUUGUGUUUACUCUUCGUUUCAUGGACUACGGGCUUUCAGUUCAUUUGAAAGAAAACAUAAUUCGAUGAGAAAAUUUUUUAACUAUGAUUUAGCACAAAAUAUAACAUUCUCUACGACUUUUCCAUUGGCUAAUCUACCACUUUGUUUCUAGUUUCCCGCGUCAUACUCUAAUGCAGGCUUUUCCCUCCGACCGAGACGAGUAUCCUUUGCAGCUAAAUGACGCCGUUGCUUCCCCGACACCAACGACGCGCAAUUUGCUGGUCCAACUGUGCUCAUAUGCGGGCUGUGAACCUAUAUGAAUGCUGCUUGCACGAGUAUUUUGCCAAGUUUUCGAACUAUGGCAAACUGAGAUGCCAUGUGCACGUUUCUUCUCUACUCCUCAACCUCCGUUGUCGAAACGUGGUUUUCAUUUCCUGUCUAUUAGUACUCCACUUGGACAGUCUAUGAAGUGGAAACCUGUUUUCAGUCUAUUAUAUACGCACAAGUCCCAUAUCGAAUCGAAGAGCUACGUUCAUUCUCUUUAUAUUACACAUCAUAGCGAUGUGAUUUUGCGGCAAAGCUUUUUGAGACUCUUUCGGAUGCAGCAUUAAUUUAAAAUUUGAAUGUUCCAAUACCAUUGACAGCGCUAUAGGUAUUUUGCAAAUGCGAUUUUGCCGUUACCUAUAAGUUUCAUAACUAAUUCAAAGGUUUUGUGUUGUUGUUGACGAGUGCGAAUACUGGAACAGAAUAACGGUGAAUCAGACAGCUAGCAGCAGCAUUCACACAUCCUUUCUGUCGUUUUAGUGAACAAUUUUAUAUUGUGUAGUUUUUCCUAUGUUAAUAAUGAAUAUAAUGACGCUUUAUAUGUGUGUUUAAUAGUUUUAGAAAUUUCCCGUAUAACUUUCCAGUUGGAAUGCUUUAUGUGUAUACAAGUGUGUUAUUUGUAAUACAACAAAGUAUUAUAGAUUGGACUUACUGCUCAUAAUAAGACAUUUUGGAUAUGUUCAAUUUUGAUAAGCAAGAAAUUUACUGAAAAUUAAUUUUUAGUAUCGAAGAGGCCUUUGCUAUUUCUAAGGAAAUAAAAAAAAUUAAGAGACUGAUAGUUCUGCAGGAAUUAAAGGAGUUUUCAGUCGCACUUCUGUGGCACGUUUUGAAUAUAUAUGAGAAGCAGCUUACUCUCAACAAGCAACUUCACUGAACUAACGCUCCUUAUAACAGACUGAUUAGAUGCACUUACCUUAUGCCUCGCCCCACCAAAGAAACAGUCCAAAAUGUUUUAAUAUCAAGCAGUUUCAUAGAACAGAUCGUAAUGAAUGUAACACAUUCAGUCAGAACUACCUUUACUUUGUAGCAUAUGUUUAUGUGUAGAACACUAUUACAAUUAAUGUGUGUUUAAAAUGACAAGUUGUGGAAUGUACUCAUGAAGCAUGUACAGAUUUAAUUCGGCUUUGAUUAUGUACUUAAUUUUCGCUUGUUGAAUCGAUGUUAUUCGUUUCUAUUUGUGUAUAUCUGCAUUUGUAUGUUUCAUUAAUAGAAUAAGAUUGUUUGAAAACAUGGAACAUUCCGGUUAUUCCUUAGAUCCUCUGUAUCUGUUAACAGCUUUGUAAUGAUAGCAGUAUAGCUUCGACAGCGCAGCCAGGACGAGAAAAAACUAAUAAAAUAAUUUAAAUUUGACCUGAAUAAACUAAUGCAGCAACGAA